AUGGACAAGCUCUUUUCGCUAGCGGUCGCAUACAAAGAGACAAUCAGAGAAUAUACCAAUAGGUGGCACAAGAUCUGUCAAGCAAUAGGAAAUGUAGACCCUGUGGUUAUCAUCAAUUUCUACAAGUGGGGACUGGAUAGGAUAAACCCAUUGUUCGUUGAGAUCCAUGGAAGUAUUCCUACAACCGAAGGAGAUCUUCGGGUGAUCAUCGAAAAGCAUGCCAGGCUGGAAGAAAUACAGCGUGACAACCCCAGGGCACAAGUGCAAAAAUCUCAUCGUGCGAACUCAGUAGAGCAAGCCAGCGCAUCAAAGAGGACCAACUCCACCGAACAGUUAAACGAAGACAAAAGGGGACGAAGAGAUGAUCAUCGGCGCAAUGACAAGAAAUUCGAAGACCGGGUCUACAUGAAGCUUAACACCAGCUACGUUCGUAUCCUGAGAGAGAUCAAGGAUCAAACCAAUCUCGAGUGGCCAUGGUCCAAGGAAAAGCAACCACCAAGAUCUGAGAAAUCAAGAGACUACUGUGAGUACCACUGCUUCAAUGGUCACCAAACAGAGAAGUGCAAGAAUCUCAAGAUAAUGAUCCAGAAGCUGAUUGAUGCCGGAGAUCUCAAGCAAUAUGUUCAAAAGGCGGAAACCGAUGAUAGGACCCAGCGAAGCAAGCAAGUCCAACUGCCUGAGAACAACCGAACUAUCAAUACCAUUUCUUGUUCAGAACCCAACGACCCCUCACUGACCGAUCAAAUAGGGAAGAGAUUGAGAAAACAAUUUGAGGAUUACUGUGAGUUGUACAAGACGGAUGGAGGCGAAGUUGAUGAACAUGAGAAAUGGAUGAAUGCACCUCUGUCAUUUUACGCUGAAGAUGUCGAAGAAGACAUGGAAGACCACAAUGAUCCCUUGGUACUCACGUUACCGGUGUCAGGAUGUAACAUAAAGAAGGUUCUGAUCGAUGGAGGGAGUUCUGUCAAUGUUCUAUUUUACGAUACGUUCAAACGGAUGGAAUUAAAUGACGAGCAACUGAUGUCUUCUUACUACACCAUCUACGGGUUCAAUGGUGCUCCAACGAAGCCAUUAGAAGACAUCGUCUUAGAAGUCAAGGCAGGACCAAUGAAGGUUAGUACCCGAUUCAGCGUAGUGGACUCAUCAUCCCCCUAUAAUGCCAUCAUCAGACAAAGAUGGGUGCACAAACUCAAAGGAGUAGCAACAACAUAUCAUCAGUAUCUCAGGUUCCCAACACCCGAAGGGGUAAUGGAAAUCAAGGGCGAUCAAGUCACAGCACGAGAGUUCCAGGCUUUAAAAAACCAUCUUAACAGCGAACAAGAUGAACAACUUAAAGACCGAAGAGGAAAAACCAAAGCAACCUCUAAAGACAAGGAAAUUGAUCUGUAUCUAGAAGAAAUCUCAGGGAAAAGCCUAACGAAGAGUAGCGUUGUUCUGGCUACCGAAGCAGGCAUCUCGGGGGCAGAGGAGACAGAAGAGUCCAUCAAAUAG